AGCUCCUUCAAUUUUCAGCAUUCGCCAUCAUUCUCUCCACACGUGCAUGCUACUUCGCCCGAACGCCAACGGAAAGACUCGGUCCCGUAUCAAUUCAUCGACCAGACCAUACAUUAGGCGAUCACAAACCUUCCGGAGAGCCAACGCGAAAACGCUUCCGUCGACGCCUGCGGACAAUAGUUGAUUCAGAUCGGGAAUGUCAGUCACGGCCAACAGGUAGGCAUCACCAUGCCCGGCAUCAUUGCGGAGAGCCAUAGCGCAGUUGUGCGCAAGCCAACCAAGAAUGAGCAGCGUCGCGCACGACAAAAGCAACAGAAGCAAGAGAAGCAGCAAAAUGGAAUCGGACAGAAAGAGAACCAGAAGGAUCUCGGUGCUUCACCUAACGGCGAAUCCACAUCCACGAUAAGCACAAAUGCGCCGAACGGUAAGGGUUCAUCCAGAGCAAAAGAUGAGGAAGAGCCUCUUGUCGUGGUGGAGGAAUCUAUACCAGAAGCCAUCACUGCUUCUGACAACGCGCUGUAUGAACAUUUCGCCGGCGUUUUCGCGAAGUUCAGGGAGAAUCAUGGACAGAGCGACAGCGCGGUGGACCUUGACGCAGCAGAGCGAUCAGAUAAGCCUGAAAUAAUGAACGAUGAGGACUACAUUCAGGAUGAAGACGAAGAAGCGGCAACAAAGCAGCGGAUUUCCAACAAAGCACGCAAACAAGUCGAUAAACUUAGCGUUGCGGAACUCAAGGCUGCCGUGGCAAUGCCAGAGGUCGUGGAAUGGCACGACGUUUCAGCGCAUCACCCACGGAUGCUAGUCACCAUCAAAAGCAAUCGCAACAUCGUUCCAGUCCCGGGUCACUGGAGCCUGAAACGGGAAUAUCUCAGCAGCAAGCGCGGAAUUGAAAAGCCUCAAUAUACGCUGCCUCCGUACAUUGCCGAGACUGGUAUCACAGAGCAGCGUCAAGCCGCUAUCGAAAAGCAAGAAAAUGCGACCCUCAAGCAGAAGCAGCGAGCACGUGUUCAGCCGAAGCUCGGCAAGUACGACAUCGAUUAUCAGACCUACUACGACGCCUUCUUUUAUCGUCAGACAAGGCCAGCACUCACUGGCUACGGAGAGGUAUAUUAUGAGGGCAAAGAAUCUGAGACAAAUUUGAGACAUCUCAAGCCAGGAGAUAUCAGCGAUGAUCUGCGUGAAGUCCUAAAUAUGCCGCCCAAUGCGCCACCGCCCUGGCUGCUCAAUAUGCAGAAAUUUGGGCCUCCACCAUCAUAUCCCGCACUCAAAAUUCCUGGACUGACUGCGCCACCACCACCUGGAGGAUCAUGGGGAUAUCAGCCCGGCCAGUGGGGCAAGCCACCAGUCGAUAGCAACGGAAAGCUCUUGUAUGAUCUAUUAGGCGAUGACAAAGCCAAGCAGGAGCAGGAUGGAGGGGGGGUGGAGAGAGCCAUCAUGAAAGAGGAGCAAGCUGACAACACAUUAUGGGGUGAGCUUCAGCCUCGAGAGAAGCCAGAGGAGGAAGAGGAGGAAGAAGAAGAGGACGACGACGACGAUAGGGACGACGGGGGUACAGGGUCAGGCGGACCUGGAGUGGAAACCUCAUUCAUCUCAGAGAACGAUGCACCAAGUGGCAUACAGAGCGCCAUACCGAAUGAUGUGUUGGGUCGCGCAGGGGGCCGCCAGGACUUCACAUUGAGGAAAACUCGCCCUGGAACCGAGACAGAAGAGGACUCGGGACCACGAUCAGCAGGACAAGUCCUGGUGGAACGGUCAAUUCGGGCUGAAGGUUUCUUCGGCGGAGAGCGCGCAUACGAUAUCGGGAACUCUUCUCGUGGCCCUGUGCUUGGGUCAGAUCGUGACGAUCGCGGGCGCAAGCGCAAGAUGAACGACGUGGACGCUUCCAUCGAUAUCGAUGCACUCGAGCAGGACGAUCGAUUAUCAAAGGAACAGAUCUCGCGACGGUACGAACAGGAAACGGCACAGCAGAGCCGUGGAGGGUGGAAGGGAGCGGCUGCAGACCACGAGGACCUCAGUGGGUUGGUAGCAGAAGAAAAUGCGAAGCGAAGGAAGCGCGAUGAUGAUCGGAAUGCCCGUGGAGGACGAGGAGGACGACGUUGAGCUUCUGUUCAAAUUGAUCCUGAUGUCUAUACAAAGAAUCAUAAUUCAUCAUGCUCCUUGCGGAUUUGACGCAUCGUAAAGAAAGAUUCAGAACUCUAUUGAGAUGAAACAGUACAAAGGUAAUAUUGUGAAGACGUCUGCGGACUCAGAUCUAUGAGGACAGCAUGACGCGGUGCGAUGCAAUGCAAUGCAAUGCACACCGU